AUGAUGCACGGCGACAGCGAGCAGGGCGAAAUUCUGCCCGGCUGGGCACAAAGACGAAGCCGCACCGCCACUCGAGCUGCCCCCUCAAGGACUUUGUCGCCGUCUCCCAAGGAAGCCAACGCCAAGAGGGUAGAGAGAGGCCGAACUGGCUCCACAACUUCUGCCCACAAUCUCGCUCGUCGCCACCGCGACGACAUGAAAGACUACGUCACAGAAGAGGAGACUUUGCAGAAACGCUCGAGGAUCCAUCACAAACCGACCAGGCAAGACCAAAGGCAGAACAAAGGCUCAGAGGCGUCCAUGUGGUCGCCAAACAUCGUCGCACCGGCGACUAGGUGGGCAGAAGCGGCCCAUCCAAGCAGGUCCAAAGUCAUUUAUUCCUCCGACGUUGGCAGGACCCUGUCCGAUGUCGACGAGCACUCUGAGCUCUUCUACCACCAAGAGUCUUCUUCGCCUACGGGAGGGCACGUCGCCGUGGCAUCGUUUCCUCGAGACUCUAUGACUCCGCACGAUGUCGGCAAUACAGACCUUUUCGUAGGAGGCAGCCCAGCCUCAUCAGUCUCUGAACACAGCACCAGUCCCCUCUUCUCAGCUUUGCCCAAGCUCCUCAGCUGCUCGACGAGGCUCACGCGUCCACGCCCCUCCCGGCCCUGGCGCCGUCCGCGCUUCGAGCUUCGCCCACGCGCCAGGUUCUUGCCGAGCCGCACCUGGCUCGUACGGACACGAGACUUCCUUGCCUCGCACCAGCGUCUCGCCCAGGGCCCGCGCCUGCAGCACACCCUCUGCGUCGUCUGUGCUCAGAAUCGCUGCAGCUCAGUCAUGGGUCAGACGCUCGUCUCGGCCAGGAUCGUUCUUCCAUCGCUGCCGAGAGCAGCGCCAGAUGACCUUUACAACAACAGCAGCAGCAGGGGCAGGAGCAGUAGCAACCAAAACGAGGCAGGAGAGUUGCCGGAGAGAAUGAAGUGGACAAUCAGGUACUUGCCAAAGAGACUUGCGGCCACUUUUGGCCUCGUCGUUCAGGCAGCAAGGUACUAUCACGCCAUUGGACAGCCGCAGCUCUAG